AUGACUGGCAAUGAAAAUAAUAAUAGUGUCUGCCCUUUACUGAAAAAUCCAGAUUCCUAUAAUCCAGAUACAGUGGAUCUUAUCAAUAAUCUCAAAGCCAGAAAUUAUUGGCUGCCUUGUUUGGAACAAAUGGUGAAGAAAUUCGUAAAGAAAGCCCAACAUUUGAAUCCUAAUGAUCCAUAUGCUAUGAAAAAAGCUGAAGCAUGCUUUCAAGAUUUCCAUGAUCUAGUUGAAAAACUUUCCACAGAUCCUAUGACAUUGAAGCCUCUUAGUGUAAGAACUCUCUUGGAGUUUCAUGAAGACAACUUGAGAGCAAGAAACUUGAAAGAUGCCUGGCUUCUACAGAAGGAAACAGAAAGUGCCCAAGCCCUACUGGAGUUCAGGAAUAGAAUUGACAAAAUUGAUUCAAUCUCAAAAUUUGAAGACAAAUGGCUAGAAAUUAUACAGGGAGUUCUUGCUGGUAAUGUUUUUGAUUGGGGGGCCAAGGCUGUGAUAGAAAUCAUUGAGAGUUCCAAAGAGUUUGGUUUUAUAGAUGCUUUGAAGACAAUUGAGAGAAGGCCUUGGUUUCAUGAUGAUUUUGAUACUUGGCUUGAUAGAAUAAAGCACAAGCCACACAAAUCUUGUGUAAUUUUCGUCGACAAUUCAGGAGUAGAUUUCAUCCUGGGCAUCCUGCCAUUGGCCAGACAGUUACUCUCUUACGGAACAAACGUAGUUUUGACGGCAAACAGCCAUCCAGCUCUGAAUGACGUCACUUUCCGAGAGCUCCAAUUGUACUGUCACAGAGCCGCGGAAAGCUGUGGCAUCAUCGAGAGAGCCAUGAAAGAAAGACGGUUGGUUCUGGUGGAGAACGGUCAAAGAGGGCCGUGCCUAGAUCUUUCCACUCUGUCAUCAGGUUUGUGCGAUCUGAUGAAAUCCGCCGACCUCGUGAUCAUAGAAGGCAUGGGUAGAGCAGUGCAUACGAACUUGUACGCAGAACUGACGGUAGAUUGCUUCAAAUUGGCUGUGCUGAAGAACGAAUGGCUGGCCCACAGUCUGGGGGCUCAGCAGUUCUCCGUGAUUUGUGAUUUCAAAGCUGCAACUUGA